AUGGCAGGAAGUACGUCGUCUCCCGCACACUACCAGGCCAGCAGCGACGAGGGAGCGACGGCGAACGAAUCCAACAACAUCGCAGACCCCGAAGGCGGAUCCGCCCGCCGCCAGGAGUACGUUAACGGCACAUCCGACUGGCUUAUCUUGAACUACAGGUCAUGGCUGGCCGACCUCGUCAACGUAGAGGUGGACGAUGUCGACCUGCAGCGGAUCGUCAUGAACUACCUCGUCAUUAACAUGUGUGAGGACAGCUAUUCUAGAUUCAUCGAGGAGACUGGAUAUACAGGUCCCGACAUUUCCCACACCAUAGCGAGCAGGCGCAGGAUCAGGGACGCGAUACUGCAGGGCAGAGCGCAGGAUGCGCGCGCGCUGAUCGAUGAGGUCGACCCCCGUAUAUUGCAGAAGAACGUCCACAUACUGUUCAACCUGCUCUCGUACGACCUCAUCGACAUAAUCAAAGCGGGUGACGCCAACAGGGCGGUGGCAUAUGCACGAGACAUGCUGGCACCGUGCGUGCACAAGGACAGCUCCCUCGUCGAAAAGCUGGAGGAGAUUAUGGGGCUAAUCACGUUCGCCAACAUGGACGGCUUCGACUCCUCGGGUCUCAUAAGCAAAAUGCAUCAGCCAAAGGACACGGCAAAACUCGUCGAUAUCGCACUAAUGCAACAUUUUGGCCAGGAAACGCACGUCACGCUCGAAGCGCUCGCCAAGGAGGCCGCCUGGUUACAGGCGCAACUCUCCGACGAGGAAGUCUGGAAACACAUUCGAUACCGCGACAUCGCGCGUGCAGGAAUCGAUUUCGCAAAAGACACCGAUAAAGUUUAA